AUGUCGCAGGAAGAGGAGAGGGUGGCUGCAAACGGAAGAAGGGCAUGCAUCUUUUACAGGUUGAUGGUGGACUCCCUCAUCCAUGAGAAGCAGCUGGGGAUUCCAAAAAAGUUUGCUCGGAAAUAUGGGGAUGAACUUUCUGAUGUCGUUAGGCUCUCCGCUUCUGAUUCUAGUAUCUGGCUAGUCGAGUUAAGAAAACAUGGCAGCAGAUUAUGGUUCCAUGAUGGUUGGCAGAGAUUCCUGGAACAUCAUUCCAUUCAUUCCGGUCACUUUCUGAUUUUCAAGUACGAAGGGGACUCGACAUUUCAUGUUUACGUAUAUAAUCUGACUGCUUCCUGGGAGAGGAAUUCUCACAAUCCUCUUGGUAGCAAAGAAUUUAUUUCGAGCAGGCCCGAGCCUGUAGCUGAUUGGGAGGUCUUUCAUCAGGAUAAGGGGGUACAAGUCGACGAAGUUGAGCUCCAAAUUGCAGAUGAAAGUGAGCCAUCAGUGAUGAGGAAAGAUGGAGGUGAACUGCCUACUGUCGAGGCAUCCUAUGGAAAAUCUUCAAGGGAGUGUAACGCUGCCAUCAUUGAGGCAAGAGGGAUGGCUAUCCGUGCAGCUCACAUGUAUGAGCCCAAUAAUCCGUUCUUCCAAGUAAUCAUGCGCCCAUCUUAUGUGAGAGAGAAAUUUCUUGUGAAUCUGCCAGCCUCUUUCAUUGGGAUGCAUCUAAAGGGGGACUCCAGAGACAUCACUCUUCAGGUUUCUGAUGGGAAGAAGUGGCGCGUGCGAUGCCUUCUCUUCAAUGGCAAAGGCAAGAUAAGCAGAGGUUGGCGUGAGUUUGUGGCAGACAAUAAGCUGGAGAUAGGUGAUGUCUGCAUCUUCGAACUGCUUCGGAGAGAAGACAUUGUGCUCAAAGUUACCAUAUUUCGGGUUCCUGAGAUUGGGGUUGGGGCCUACUGUUGCGCAUCCUAUUCAGGAGGAAGCUCUUCGAUGAAGCUGACUUUUGAUAGUUCACAGAAGUCCAAUGGGCAACGUGUUCAAGCUUCCCCAAAAAAGCAAGGUGUUCAACUCCUGAAAGAGCUGUAUAAACGGUCUGCAUCGGAGUCGGCUGAAUGCAUCUAUCCUUCUAAGGCACUUAAGUAG